AUGGCAGCUGAGACAGCCAGCUUCAACCUACGCAUGGCGGUGGACGGCACCGUCAUAGUGGGUAUGGAGCCUGCAAAGGCCAGCAGAAUAGAAUGGGGUGCUGUUGUCAACCUUGAUCUGGGAAAAGUUUGCGGCAAGGUUAGAUUCAUGAUGCCAUUCUGCUUCAGCAGUAGCCCGCUUUCACCGCAGCCGCCGUCGCCCCCAAGGGUGUACCAAGUCUGGCCUGCGAAAAAUGUGUUUUUCUUGGAUGGCCGUGUGAUCUGCGGACCUGAUCCACGAGGGCUCAUCCUGACAGCAACGGCAAUUCUUCUCUCAGAAUGGAUUUUCUUGGCCCGCAUCGUCGAUCCAUCGUCGACGAUGCAUCCGAUUCUGAUCUCUGCGUCCUCCAUGAUCCUAGCAGCAACUGUGACUGCUAGUUUGCUACUGACUGCGACAAGAGACCCCGGAAUCAUACCAAGAAACCCGGUCUCGCCAUCAGAAGAUGGAAUAACUACUGCCAGAAUGGCUCCGGAUCGGUUUAUCAUCGUCAACGGUAUCGAAACGAGGCUCGAGUUUUGCCGGAUCUGCAAGAUCUUCCGCCCUCCGAGAAGCUCUCACUGCGCCGUCUGCGACAACUGCGUCGACAAGUUUGAUCACCACUGUCUCUGGAUAAGCCAGUGCAUUGGACGGAGAAACUACAGGUUUUACUUACUGUUAAUGUGCUUGGCGUUGGCGUUCUACUCGUUCAUAUUCACAUUCUCAGUGAUAAGAAUUAGAGCCAAGAUUGGUGCUACUAGUGCGGGACUUUUCAGUUUGCUCAGAACUUUGCCUGAAACCUUUGUUCUUGCAGCAUUCAGCUUCAUGGCUAUCUGCUUCCUGGCAUUCCUUCUAGCCUUCCAUGCUUUCCUUGUAGCUAAGAACAAGACCAGCAAUGAGAGGCACAAAGGACAGUAUCGCAGCUCGCCCAAUCCUUACGACAAAGGAGCCCUGAAAAACAUCAAGGAGUGCCUGUUCGAGAAGCUGCCGCCUCAAGGAGUCGAUUUCAGAGCCGCAGCCGAACCAAACUUGGGCUUGGCAGCGAGAACCGCAACGAGCUUUCCGUCUCCUUCCUCAGAUGAUGCCGGUCAAGUGUUGCAACUCCAGGACGCUAGAAGCUAA